AUGCAGAGCAAAAUAGGACCUUCGACAAGUCGCCGGCGUCUUGUGCACGUCGAAGCCACUCGGGAGAUUGAGGCCCUCAGGCGGCAGGUACAUUGUGGGUCAACAGAGUCCACUAGCACACAGAGCGUUCCGGGCAAGUCCACUAGCACACAGAGCGUUCCGGGCAAGUCCACUAGCACACAGAGCGUUCCGGGCAAGUCCACUAGCACACAGAGCGUUCCGGGCAAGUCCACUAGCACACAGAGCGUUCCGGGCAAGUCCACUAGCACACAGAGCGUUCCGGGCAAGUCCACUAGCACACAGAGCGUUCCGGGCAAGUCCACUAGCACACAGAGCGUUCCGGGCAAGUCCACUAGCACACAGAGCGUUCCGGGCAAGUCCACUAGCACACAGAGCGUUCCGGGCAAGUCCACUAGCACACAGAGCGUUCCGGGCAAGUCCACUAGCACACAGAGCGUUCCGGGCAAGUCCACUAGCACACAGAGCGUUCCGGGCAAGUCCACUAGCACACAGAGCGUUCCGGGCAAGUCCACAAGCACACAGAGCGUUCCGGGCAAGUCCACUAGCACACAGAGCGUUCCGGGCAAGUCCACUAGCACACAGAGCGUUCCGGGCAAGUCCACUAGCACACAGAGCGUUCCGGGCAAGUCCACUAGCACACAGAGCGUUCCGGGCAAGUCCACUAGCACACAGAGCGUUCCGGGCAAGUCCACUAGCACACAGAGCGUUCCGGGCAAGUCCACUAGCACACAGAGCGUUCCGGGCAAGUCCACUAGCACACAGAGCGUUCCGGGCAAGUCCUUAAACUGA